CAAUGGUAAAUUAGGAGUUUAGCGGCAAUUUUUUUUACAAAGACCCCAACAAUUUAUUAUACGAAAGGCAGACCUUGGACUGUCAACUUUUUAAUCCUCUUUGCGGUUGGAAAAUUAGAAUGAAGAAACUCCAUGACACCAGCCAAAACACUCUAUUUUCUUGGCGAUUUUGGUAGUAUAGAGUCUUGUCUAGUUUUAUCUGAAGCUUUUGUCUAUUAUUUAAUUAAUGUCGUUUAAAAAUAAAACGAAAAUACCGGAACUACAUCUGGCGCCUGUGGUCUAAACGGUGGUGAUUCACAAAACCGUCCUAACUGUGUGCGUUUUGAAAACACAGAUGAGAAAUAUGCUCCCAGAUCUGACAUGGUACGUAUCCAAAGUAAUACGCGUCUUGUACCAUCCAAUAUUACUCAGGAUCCUGAUGCCGACGGUUUCGUGGAAGUCUUCAUGAAUCACCCACAUACCAUGGACACCUCGAGUGGUGCAUCUAAUUGUCCCAGUUCCGUUGCAACCGCCAAGACGUUGGACACCGAAGAAAGCCCAUUCCAAAGAGCCUUACUGGACGGCCUAAAAAGCACAUCCACAAAUGAGGCGGAUAACGCGUUGUUAGCCAACUUAACACCGUCGCAGCUUUUGAAGCAUUUACUGAGUGGUUACAGCGAGAGAAAAAGUGACAAUGACGAUUCGAACGAGUUCGAAGAAAAUUUGGACGAUGAAUCAAACUGCAAGAGUCAUAGUCGGAAGUGCACUGAGUCACUGCUGUUGAAUUCGGAAAAGCAACAGGUGAAUCAUAACAAUGGACUAAUAAAUAAUACGCGAAACAGCGUCGGUGUUAGUUAUAACUUUUCUUCGCCGUCGGAAACUGUUGUUCGAUCUUCAAAUGCUGCGUCAAACACCAGUGAAUUUUAUAAUCAAGUGCGGGCAAAAUGUAGUGUUAGCAUGGUUAAGAACUGUGACUUUAAAAUAUGCAGUGAUAAAAUUUUGAACGAAACCAGCUACCACACGCCUAAUGAUAAUGAUUUAUCUGCCAACAUUUAUGAGUUUAGAGACAAUACGCAUUCUGCUAGUGAUGAAAGCGUUUCAACGGGUUCAGAGCAAAACGGAAACUCGGCCUUUUCACCGCUCAAUGAUUGUCCCUUUGGAGAAGAUACCGUUGACUUUAUUUUGUCCGAAAGUGCAUUUAAUGACGAAAAUUCCGUCACGUUUUCGAAAGUAUCAGACGAGUUUACUAACUUGAAAUGCAAGGAAGUGACUAGACCAGAAAAGGACCAUAUUUUUUGCGUAAAAGUAAAAGAAAACAAAGUGGGAAAGGCCAAAAAGAACAAACAAGAAGAAAAUGACAAGGAGAGUGAUGAAUCCAUGGUUCUUGUCCCUUCAGAUCCAAUUGAGUGGACAUCGGGUCAUAUUCGUUCAUGGUUGAAAUGGGCAACCAAAAAGUUUAGCCUUUACCCAUCUCCUGAUCCGAAAAAGUUUCCGGAUGCAGGACAGGAUUUGUGCAAAUUAAAUAUUAGUGAUUUUGAGGCUAUUGCGGGAAAUAAGAGAAAUGCAAUAUUGCUAGCUAAGCAUAUAGCUCAUCUUCGUCACAGUGUCACUGGAAGGGCCAGUAGCCCAUUGAAUUCUGCUUGCAAAGUGGAUGACGACAAUGAUGAAGAUCCUUACCAAUUGUUGAAUGCUGCAUCGAGUCGAUUGGUCGCUCAAGGCUCUGGGCAGAUCCAGCUCUGGCAAUUUUUGCUAGAGCUGCUUGGGGAUUCGUCGAAUGCAGCGUGUAUCGCUUGGGAGGGCACCAAUGGAGAAUUCAAACUCACAGAUCCUGAUGAGGUCGCGCGACGCUGGGGAGAACGGAAGGCUAAACCCAACAUGAACUAUGACAAACUAAGCAGAGCACUCAGGUACUAUUACGACAAAAACAUAAUGUCGAAAGUUCACGGCAAGCGUUACGCUUACAAAUUCGACUUUCAUGGGCUAAUGAUCGCAUGUCAAGCCCAAGCUCAAGGCCAAACUGACGUCACAAUGAAUUACACUAAAUACCAGCCACAUCAAAGUGAACUUGGAUCUGCCUUGUACCCAACAGCAUCUUCUGCAAAUGGGAAGCUGCCCAGUCUGCUUCCACACGGAGCGCAACAUGCACAAACCGGGUUGUUUCCAUCCCCGCCCUACUGGCCCUAUUCCCCUGGAUCCUUCGAUCCCCGUACUCCACAUUUCAAUUAAAUAAAUCUUUAUGAAUCGUGUACUUGUACUUAUGUUUUUUAAAUUCUUAAUGUUUGGAGAUUUUAGUAGGUCCAAACUAAAACUAUGUAAGUACGGAAUAUCUACCAUUGUUCCUUCAAUGUGUGUGCAAUUUAUAAUGUUUUACGUUUCAGUUUCACAUUUUUUGUAAAUACAAUUAAUAUUCGUUUGUUAUUAAUAAAAAACUUUG